GGGGGGCCGUGUGAUGGGUGGUCUCGCCAGUUCUCCCGUCUCUCCAUUGCUGCAAACCUUCUGGCUGCCUCUUCAGUCGGCAUAGCCCGCAAUCGGUCGGGGGAGGGUGAUGAAGUCAUCAUCACCAUUUUCAGUGUCACAAUGGCAAGAACUUGAGCACCAAGCCUUGAUCUUCAAGUACAUAAUUGCAGGUCUUCAUGUUCCUCCUGAUCUUAUGGUCCCUAUCCAGAAGAGCUUUGAGAACAUUUCUCAUAGGUUCUUUAACCACCCCUCUCUUAGCUAUUGUUCCCUCUACGGGAAAAAGAUUGAUCCAGAGCCUGGAAGAUGCAGGAGGACCGAUGGGAAGAAAUGGAGGUGCUCCAAAGAGGCACACCCCAACUCCAAGUAUUGCGAGCGCCAUAUGCACCGUGGCCGCAACCGUUCAAGAAAGCCUGUGGAAUCAUCAGUUCAAACUAAUAAAACAAGUACCUACUCGUCUCCUUUGUCUUCUAGUGUGACAUCUUCAUCGUUUCCUGGUGGUGGCAAUGCUGCAAACUACCAGAGUCUUCCCUUGCACAGCUUUGGCAAUAUGCAACCUGCAGCUGCUUCUUUGAACCACAAUCAGUCGACCUACAAUAUGGACUCAAUUCCUUUUGGAAUUCCAAGCAAGGAUUACAGGUAUAUGCAAGUGCAAGAAGGGCUGAAGCCUGAGUCGGUUGAGCAUAGUUUCUUCUCGGGCGCUUCUGGAAGCGACAGGAGGGCUCAGACAAGCUUGUUAGAAAACAAUACCACUUGGCCAGUAAUGCUAUCGAGCCUGCAUAACAGCUGUGCACAAACCUCGUCCUUCCUCGACAUUGACUUUGCAUCGAGAGAAACCACUAAACAAGAUGGUCAACCUCUCCGUCCCUUCUUUGAUGAAUGGCCAAAGGCCAGGGCCCCUUGGUCAGGUCUUGAAGAUGAUAGAUCAAACCAGACGUCAUAUUCAACAACUCAGCUUUCCAUAUCCACUCCUGUUGUUUCGUCUGAUCUCUCCGCUGCUAAUUCCCAUUCCCCACAUGCAGACACUUAGGAAAUGAAGCCCGGGAUCUCAGGGAAUGCGAAAAAGGACGGGAGAGCGAAACCGCCUCUCACGGGUCCGGUUCGUGGCUGGAACUCGUGUUUUAUUUUAUGCCUCUGCUUAUGCUUAGUGACCUUUCUACUUAUGUUUGGAAUAAUAAGCACAGAGGUAAAUGCAAAUACUGUUAAGCUGUGAAAUCCAGAACACCCGUUGUUGUUCUGGAUAUUUGUAUGGAGAGGCAAUGGCAUUUUUCUCCAUGGUUCCUCUGCUUCUCUUUCGCUCAUGUUCCAAAAGAUGUGAUUGUUCUUAGUUC